CCACCCGUGCACCGCGGCCCCCUCUCCUUCUCCCCACUCCCGCUCGCCCCCAUCGAGUUCCUCGAAGACGACCGCCUACACGUGCGCACAUCCCAAAACCCCGCACUCGCAGUGAUCCAGCGCGCCGCGCCCGCCGCACACGCCGCGCGCACGGGCGCGCUCCUGCAGACGUCGCUCACGGGGCUGCGCAGGGGCGUUUAUGAUGUGCUUCCGCGCGCGCAUGGGCUGGUGGGCGCGGUGAUUGAGGCGCAUGCGCAUGCAAGAGGGUUGGUGGUGAGGCCGGAUGAUGUGUGGUUGGCGAUAUUGUUGCAGUGGGCGGCGUUUGUCAGGGCCAGGCCGGGCGUUGUGGAUUUUGGGUUUGGGGGGAUACAGUGGGACGAGCCGGUGGUGGAGGCGAUGGCGUGGGAGCGGUACGUGACGGAUGCAAAGGCGCUCGCGGAGCGUCUCGAGGCGCACGUCGAGCAGCGGAUACCGGACACGGCGCUGCGCGCGUGGGCGCAGCCGCGCUUCAGCACGACGACGGACGACGACAGGCCGCUGGCGGCGGACAAUGGGUUCGGCGCGUCCGUGCUCGGGCUCUCGCUCUCCGCCGGCGGCCUCGGCGCGGGUAUCCCGCGCGUCACGCUCGAGGGCACGCGCGCGGACUGGGAGUCGCUCAAGGCGCGCGGGGAGAGGUUGAGGGGGUGGGGCGUGCACGGCGCGGCGUGGCGGCACCUGCUCGCGCCGGUGCUUGCGCGCCUCGUGAGCGCGUGGGACAAUCCGCAUGCGCCGGCGAACCGCGCGUUUUGGCGGAGGGUUGUUAGGGCGGACGCGGGUGCGCUGGGGCUGGCGCCGCCGAUGGGGAUGGGCGGGAGGACGGCGAGCGGGGGCGGGUGGAUUACCGCGUUUUGUGCGUUCGACGUCGCAGGGAGAUGG